CGCUUAGCCUCGGGUAGUUCCUUUGUUAUUGUGUGCGAGCAUGUAUCCUAGCAACGCUGACAGCACUUCUGAUUGGUUCAGAGAGACAAAGUUGCGCCACAGCUGUAAAUAGACUCGCGCAUGUAUCCUAGCAACGCCUCGAGCAUGAGGGUGCGUGAUGUCAUAAAAUACUUGCGCGUGACGUCAUCCGUUUCUAUAAAUAGAGGCGCGCAUGAGGGAGCAGGACCAGACACGACUGGGAUUACAAACAGACACCCUGAGCUCACUGCAGAUCCUGUACCGAGACAAUGGCUUUUAAGAGCUGGUUGAAAAAACUGACCUUCGGGAAAAAGUCCCGCAGGAAUGAGGAGGAAGAGAGGCAGCAGAAAGAGAAGGAGAGGCAGCAGAUAGAGGAGAGGCAGAUAGAGAAAGAGAGGCAGAUAGAGAAGGGGAGGCAGAUAGAGAAAGAGAGGCAGAUAGAGAAGGAGAGGCAGAUAGAGAAAGAGAGGCAGAUAGAGAAGGAGAGGCAGAUAGAGAAAGAGAGGCAGAUAGAGAAGGAGAGGCAGAUAGAGAAAGAAAGGCAGAUAGAGAAGGAGAGGCAGAUAGAGAAGGAGAGGCAGAUAGAGAAGGAGAGGCAGAUAGAGAAGGAGAGGCAGCAUAAAGUCAAGGGAUGGCGGCUGAUGCUGCAGAAAAAUAGAGAGAGGCAGCAGAAAGAGAAGGAGUGGCAGCAGAAAGAGAAGGUAUGGCAGCAGAUGCUGCAGAAAAAUAGGGAGAGACUGCGGAUAGAGAAGGAGAAGCGGAUAAAGAAGGAGAGGCAGAUAGAGAAGGAGAGGCAGAUAGAGAAGGAGAGGCAGAUAGAGAAGGAGAGGCAGAUAGAAAAGGAGAGGCAGCAGAAAGAGAAGAAGAGGCUGCAGAUGCAGCAGAAAGAGAUGGAGAGGCAGCAGAAAGAGAAGAAGAGGCAGAUAGAGAAGGAGAGGCAGAUAGAAAAGGAGAGGCAGCAGAAAGAGAAGAAGAGGCUGCAGAUGCAGCAGAAAGAGAUGGAGAGGCAGCAGAAAGAGAAGGAGAGGCAGAUAGAGAAGGAGAAGCAGCAGAUAGAGAAGGAGAGGCAGCAGGAGGAGUAUAAAAUUCCUCCGCCUUUUGCUCCACCUGGCCCUGUACAGUUUGUAGUGCCGUGGCAACUGAUAGAGGAGGAGAGGCAGCAGAUAAAGGUGGGAGGGCAGCAGCCUGCCGGAGUGGAGGAUUCUUCCCUAAUCAUGCCAACAGCGCCCCCUCUCCCUAAUGAGGAUUUAGCGCUGUGGUACGGGGCAGCAGAACCAUGGCAUCUCAUAGAGGGGGAGAGGCAGCAGAGAGAAAAGGAGUGGCAGCAAAUACAGAUGGAAAGGCAGCAGAUAGAGAAGGAAAGGCAGCACAUAAAGAUGGAGAGGCAGCAGAUAGAGGACGUGUGGCAGCAGAUAGAGAAGGAGAGGCAGAUAGAGAAGGAGAGGCAGAUAGAGAAGGAGAGGCAGAUAGAAAAGGAGUGGCAGCAAAUACAGAUGGAGAGACAGCAGAUAGAGGAAGUGAGGCAGCAGAUAGAGGCAGAGAGGCAGCAGAUAGUGGUGGAGAGGCAGCAAAUAGAGGAGUAUAGCAUUGCUCCACCUAUAGCGCCCCCUCUCCCCAACAAGUAUUUAGCGCCGUGGCAGGGGGCGUCAGAUAGAGAAGGAGCAGCAGGAGGAGCUGCAUUAGAAGGAGGCGACAUAAAGAGAAUGAAGUCUCUGGUCUACAUGGUGAACUCAUUCAUAGCUCCAUGUGGUAAUAACCUCUCUAUGAACUCCUCUGAUCCAUCUGUAUCUACAUAGUGAGCUCAUUCAUAGCUCCAUGUGUUAAUAACCUCUCUACGAACUCCUCUGAUCCAUCUGUUUCCACAUGUUGAGCUCAUUCAUAGCUCCAUGUGUUAAUAACCUCUCUACGAACUCCUCUGAUCCAUCUAUAUCUACAUAGUGAGCUCAUUCAUAGCUCCAUGUGUUAAUAACCUCUCUACAAACUCCUCUGAUCCAUCUGUAUCCAAUUUCUCAUUUUCUGUAAAUAAAUGCUCUAAAUGAGAAUAUUUUUAUUUGGAAUUUGGGAGAAAUGUUGUUUGUAGUUUAUAGAAUAAAACAACAAUGUUCAUUUUACUCAAAAAUAAACCUAUAAAUAGCAAAAUCAGAGAAACUGAUUCAGAAACUGAAGUGAUCUCUACAUUUGUUAACAGAGCUGUAUGUUAAUAAAGCUCUAAAUGUAGGUAUUGUGAUAUUAUACACUGUUGGAGGCGGAGCUACAGUAGUAUAACAGUGGUAUAAGUGUAUAAUCUGUGCUGGAGUGCGGCUGAUUGUAUGUGGGAGUGGGAGUAUAAAAAUACUCUAUAAAAAUACUAUAAACGCUCCGGAUUAGCAGGGAUCUUCCACUUCAGGUCAGAAGAGGACGACACCCAGCGUCUCAUCCCGUUUCUCCUCUACGCCAGUAAAGCAGUGUAUAUCAGUAAUUCUGAGAUUAUGUACGUUCUGUAGAUGAUGUGCAUGGGUUCCUCUCUCUGGCAUGAAUGGCGUGCUACGAUUAUAAUAAUAAAACUGAUUUAAACCCUUAA